UUGGUCAACUUCGCGCGAAUUUAAUUGAGAGGCGGUCAGUAGAUCUUCUCAGAGUUUCUCUACCAAAUGCAUGGAAAAGGGUUGUGGAUAACUUUCUCUUAAUGCAGCGAGAGCUUUGUACGUUCCCUCUGGCUUCAAAUUAUCUGCAUAAAUUGUCAAAUGCAGGCUAUAUCACCGUUGAUGACCUGAAAGAUGUGACGCCAACUGAAUUAAGUGAAGAUCUGGGAAUUGAUAAAGAAGAAUCUCUUAAGAUAGUUCAGACUGUGCGAAGCAGUAAAGACUCCUCACAAUCCUGGAACAAGAAGCCAACCGUCAGUGGGAAACAUUCAUCAAGUUCCAUCCCAGGAAGUACAAAUGCCUUUGACCUUUUGCAACAAGAGCAGUCUGCUGGUAGUAUUGUCACUUUCUGUGAAAAGUUUGAUGACAUGUUGGGUGGAGGAGUACCAGUUGGUAAAAUCACAGAGUUCUGUGGAGCACCUGGCAUUGGAAAAACUCAGAUAGGAAUGCAGCUAGCUGUAGAUGUUCAGAUACCUGAUGAGUUUGGUGGACUCAAUGGAGAAGCCAUUUAUAUUGACACUGAGGGAAGUUUUAUUGUUGAGAGAGUGUUAGACAUAGCAACUGCUGCCAUAAGGCAUAUAACAAAUGUAGUCCAGUCUUCUGAUGCUGAUGAAACAGAGAGGGGUCUUCUAAAUGAAGCCCUAAAAAAGUUUCACAUGGAAAGCAUCUUGUCAAGGAUCUAUGUGUUCAGAUGCCAUGACUACAUGCAACUAAUAGCAUUGUCCCAUGUUUUACCAGACUUCCUGGAAGAACAUCCCAAGGUGAAGCUGAUUGUGGUGGAUAGUAUUGCAUUUCACUUCCGUCAUGACUUUGAUGAUCUUGCUUUGAGAGCAAGACUGCUGAAUGGCUUGGCACAGAGCUUUAUAAAAAUGGCGUGUGAACGGCAGCUAGCUGUAGUUUUCAUGAAUCAGAUGACUACUCGUGUCAAAACCACCCAGCUGGGCCAGUCACAUCUGAUACCCGCAUUAGGUGAAAGCUGGGGUCACGCCAGCACGAUUCGUGUGGUGUUGUACUGGGAAGAUAACCAGAGGUUUGCCAACUUGUACAAGUCGCCUUCACGACAGGAGAUGAUAAUUCCUUUUCAAAUUACGGCUGACGGAGUGCGUGACUGUUUCACCAAUACGCUCCAACAGAGUCACAAGGACAGUAAAGAAGCCCAGUCAGACCAGCAUAGUGUAACAUAUGAAGGAGAAGAAAUUGCAAGUUCUGUUGCUAAGAAAAGACGCCUGAACGAAGUGACUUGAGAAUAAAACGAUAUGGUUUUAUGAAAAAUUGAUCCUCGUAAAUAAAAAAAGAAAU